GGCUCGUGUUAUGUAUGAUUUUGCUGCUGAGCCUGGAAACAACGAGCUGACCGUCAGUGAAGGCGAGAUCAUCGUAAUUACCAACCCGGAUGUUGGUGGAGGCUGGUUAGAAGGAAAAAACAGCCAAGGUGAGAGAGGACUUGUUCCAACAGAUUACGUUGAGAUUAUAACCGAAGGUGCAAAAGAUGGAAUUAGCUGCGGUAAUUCAUUAGCUGACCAAGCCUUUUUCGAUUCCCUUUCUUCAAAUACAGCUCAGACCAACGCUGCUGCAAAAAGCAGUAAUCAGGCAAACAGUGCCAGUGAUCCGUGGUCCAGCUGGAAUCCUGGGAAGUCUGGGAACUGGGAUAAUGGAAGUGCUGUUGACAGCUGGGCGACGAAACCUGAAAGUGCAGCUGGCCAGAGAAACAAUGCUGCAAAUAACUGGGAGGCAGCAACAGCAUUUGGUCAUCCACAAGCAUAUCAAGGACCAGCUGCUGAUGACGAUGAUUGGGAUGAUGACUGGGAUGACCCAAAAUCAGCUUCACCAUCUUAUCUUGGUUACAAGGAAACUGAGGCAUCGGAGGCUGGGGGGAUCCAGCGUGGAAAUUCUCGUGCAGCUGCUAUGAAGAUACCACUUAACAAAUUUCCUGGAUUUGCAAAACCUGGGAUGGAACAAUAUCUGUUGGCAAAGCAGCUAGCAAAACCCAAAGAGAAAAUUCCCAUAAUUAUUGGUGAUUACGGCCCAAUGUGGGUUUAUCCUACCUCUACUUUUGACUGUGUGGUGGCAGAUCCCAAAAAAGGUUCUAAAAUGUAUGGUCUCAAGAGCUACAUUGAGUAUCAGCUGACCUGCACUAACACUAAUCGGUCUGUCAACCACAGAUACAAGCACUUUGACUGGUUGUAUGAGCGUCUCCUGGUUAAAUUUGGAUUAGCCAUUCCAAUCCCAUCUCUUCCAGAUAAGCAAGUAACAGGGCGCUUUGAAGAAGAAUUCAUCAAAAUGCGUAUGGAGAGACUGCAAGCGUGGAUGACGAGGAUGUGUCGCCAUCCUGUUGUCUCAGAAAGUGAAGUUUUCCAGCAGUUUCUUAAUUUCCGAGAUGAGAAGGAGUGGAAAACUGGAAAGCGGAAGGCGGAAAAAGAUGAAACUGUAGGAGUCCUGGUCUUUUCUACAAUGGAACCAGAAGCUCCUGACUUGGACAUGGUAGAAAUAGAGCAGAAAUGCGAUGCAGUGGGUAGGUUCACCAAAGCAAUGGACGAUGGAGUUAAAGAGCUGCUGACAGUGGGACAAGAGCACUGGAAGAGGUGUACAGGGCCACUACCCAAGGAAUACCAGAAGAUAGGAAAAGCGUUGCAGAGCCUGGCACUGGUUUUCAGCACUAGUGGAUACCAAGGAGAAUCUGAUCUCAAUGUAGCAAUAACAGAAGCAGGAAAAACCUAUGAAGAAAUCGCCAGUCUUGUAGCAGAUCAGCCGAAGAAAGAUCUUCACUUUUUGAUGGAAACAAAUCAUGAAUAUAAGGGAUUUCUUGGUUGCUUCCCUGACAUCAUCGGCGCUCAUAAGGGAGCAAUAGAAAGAGUGAAGGAAAGUGAUAAAUUAGUUGCAACCAGUAAAAUAACACCUCAAGACAAACAGAACAUGGUGAAACGUGUGAGCACCAUGGCUUAUGCACUACAAGCUGAGAUGAAUCACUUCCACAGUAACCGGAUUUAUGACUACAACAGUGUCAUUCGUCUGUAUCUGGAGCAGCAGGCACAGUUUUAUGAAACGAUUGCACAGAAGCUGAGGCAGGCACUCAGCCGCUUUCCUGUGAUGUAGAGAAUAAGGAGUAGUCAACAAUAAAGAACAACUCCAAAGUGCUUUUCAGAUUUGGGGGCGAUGCCAAUAAAAACUCUUUAGCCUUUGCCAGCCAAAAAAC